AUGCCGUCCAAUCAGGACACAGGAUCCUGGAGCCCCGUCCAAUCAGAGCCGGGGGCGGGCGCGCUCGCACCCGCGUGGACGUCGCUCUCCUCCCGCCGCCUCCCCGCGCGCACCUGCACCGCGCGGCCCCCGGUGUCCCGUCCCCGUCGCUCUCACCUGCCGGAGCCGCGGGGAGGACGCCCGGAGAGUCCGGAGCGGGCGGAGAUGGACUCGGUGGUCUUUGAAGAUGUGGCUGUGGACUUCACCCCGGAGGAGUGGGCUUUGCUGGAUGCUCCUCAGAGGAAGCUCUACAGAGAUGUGAUGCUGGAGACCUGCAGGAACCUGGCCUCAGUGGCAGUCAUUUGGUGGAGACUCUCAGUGAAAAGAAUGAAGGUGGUCACUGUGGCGAAACCCUGGACCAGAUUACAAAUCUUCCUGUGCAUGAGAGGUGUCUGACUGGAGUGAAACCUGAUGAAUGCAUGAAGUGUGGAAAAGCCUUCGUGGGUUGUUCUCUCCCGAAGAAUCCACAAGGAUCUCACACUGGACACAAACCUUAUCCAUGUGAGGAAUGUGGGCAGCCCUGCACUUGUGUCUCAUGCCUGAGCCCUCACGUGGAAGCAGACGUUUUAGAGAAACCCUGUAAAAGACCUCAGUAUA